GAAAUGUGUGCUUGCCGAAGACAAUGGCCUCAAUUUGGCCUUUACCAUCGCUCAUGAGCUGGGCCACAACUUGGGGAUGAACCACGACGAUGACCACUCCUCCUGCGCUGGCAGGUCCCACAUCAUGUCGGGAGAGUGGGUGAAAGGCCGGAGCCCCAGCGACCUCUCCUGGUCCUCCUGCAGUCGAGAUGACCUCGAGAACUUCCUCAAGUCGAAAAUCAGCACCUGUUUACUGGUCACAGACCCCAGGAGCCAGCACGCAGUGCGCCUGCCCCACAAGCUGCCAGGCAUGCACUACAGUGCCAACGAGCAGUGCCAGAUCCUCUUUGGCACCAAUGCCACCUUCUGCAGAAACAUGGAGCAUCUGAUGUGCGCUGGACUGUGGUGCCUGGUGGAAGGAGAUACGUCCUGCAAGACCAAACUGGACCCUCCCCUGGAUGGCACAGAGUGUGGGGCAGACAAGUGGUGCCGCGCGGGGGAGUGCGUGAGCAAGACACCCAUCCCGGAGCAUGUGGACGGAGACUGGAGCCCCUGGGGCGCCUGGAGCAUGUGCAGCCGCACGUGUGGGACGGGAGCCCGCUUCCGGCAGAGGAAAUGUGACAACCCUCCCCCAGGACCAGGAGGCACGCACUGCCUGGGCGCCAGUGUGGAGCACACAGUCUGCGAGAACCUGCCCUGUCCCAAGGGCCUGCCCAGCUUCCGUGACCAGCAGUGCCAGACGCACGACCGGUUGAGCAGCAAGAAGAAGGGCCUGCUCACCGCAGUGGUGGUUGACGAUAAGCCAUGUGAACUCUACUGCUCACCCCUCGGGAAGGAGUCCCCACUGCUGGUGGCCGAUAGAGUCCUGGACGGCACGCCCUGCGGGCCCUACGAGACGGAUCUCUGCGUGCAUGGCAGGUGCCAGAAAAUCGGCUGUGAUGGCAUCAUCGGGUCUGCGGCCAAAGAAGACCGGUGUGGGGUCUGCAGCGGGGACGGCAAGACCUGCCGCGUGGUCAAGGGCGACUUCAGCCACACUCGGGGCACAGGUUAUAUUGAAGCUGCCAUCAUCCCAGCUGGAGCUCGAAGGAUCCGUGUGGUGGAGGAUAAACCUGCCCACAGUUUUCUGGCUCUCAAGGACUCCAGUAAGAGAUCCAUCAACAGUGACUGGAAGAUAGAGCUCCCCGGAGAGUUCCAGAUUGCAGGCACAACCGUCCGCUAUGUUCGAAGGGGCCUGUGGGAGAAAAUUUCUGCCAAGGGACCAACCAAAAUGCCGCUGCAUCUGAUGGUGUUGUUAUUUCAUGACCAAAAUUAUGGAAUUCAUUAUGAAUACACCAUUCCUGUAAACUACACCACUGAAAACCAAAGCGAACCAGAAAAACCCCAGGAUUCCUUGUUCAUCUGGACCCACAGCGGCUGGGAAGGGUGCAGUGUGCAGUGUGGUGGAGGGGAACGCAGAAGCAUUGUGUCCUGCACACGGAUUGUUAACAAGACCACAACUCUAGUGAACGACAGUGACUGCCCUCAAGCCAGCCGCCCGGAGCCCCAGGUUCGAAGGUGCAACUUGCACCCAUGCCAGUCACGAGGACAAGAGGCUUCCCAGAUACCAGUUUCACAGGUGGGUGGCAGGCCCGUGGAGCCCCUGCUCAGCGACCUGCGAGAAGGGCAUCCAGCACCGGGAAGUGACCUGUGUGUACCAGCUGCAGAAUGGCACACACGUUGCCACCCGCCCCCUCUACUGCCCGGUGCCCCGGCCGUCGCCAGUGCAGAGCUGCGAGGGCCAGGACUGCCUGUCCAUCUGGGAGGCGUCGGAGUGGUCACAGUGUUCUGCCACUUGUGGUAAAGGGACCCAGAAACGGACGGUGACUUGCACCAACUCCCAAGGAAAAUGCGAUGCGUCCACCAGGCCGAGAGCCGAGGAGCCCUGU